AUGGUUUCUUUAUUUGAUAAGCUUAAUGCAAAAAAAGACGGUAGAGAUGGAUCUGUGUCGAAGGAGUUGCUAUCACAUUCUGUAGCCCAUACUAAGAACAGGUUACCCAAAUCAGGAAGGCGCACGUCGGAACGGUCCUUAGCCGCUAGUGUAAAGGACGGAAGUUGCUCAAAUAGCAAAAGCAAUAAGCGGAACUCUUCGGCAUCCGUGUCAGGGGAAGAAGAUAAAUCCUGUCUAAUUUCACUUAAUUGCCUAUGUUGUGGUGUCCCACUACGGUUUCCAGCCUCCAUAACGAAAUUUCGAUGCAGCGCAUGCCAAGUAACAGUUAUUGUAAAGGAGCCGGAAAUUAACAGUAAUUUGGAAUCUAGUACGCAUAUUUCGUGCACAUUAGAGGGUUUGCAGAUGGUAGUAAGGCGGUGCCAUGAUGAUUUGCAGCGGCUUAAGAAGACUGGGAUUCUGGAUAAAGAAAGAAAGGGGUUGAUUUUCCAACCGGUAAUAACGUAUUUACUGGACAGAUUUCAUGAUGUUAGCAUUUUAAACAGGUCGUUCUUGGUACAUGAUGGUGGAAAGAAUAUAAAGAUGCUGAAUUAUGAAGUUUUACAAAGAUUUUACAGUAUAUUAUCAAAUCUUCCUACAAGGAAACCGUAUUAUAGUAUGCUGUGUUGCUGUAACGAUCUACUGAAGAGAAUAACAAUCAAUAAAGGGGAAAAUUUGCAAAUAUUACAGUAUCGUUGGUUGCUGAUUAUAUUAAAUAUACCUACAAUACGAACCUGCCUUAUUAGAGAUCGGAAGAGCAAAAAUGUGUUUGAGACCCAACAAAUAAGGGCGGUGUCUUAUGAGUUGGCCAAACGAUGUAUUGGCUACUUGUCUAACCUAUCAACAAAAACAUCUCAACAAUUGAUUCAAUCAUUACGGCGAACGCCUACGGAUAAUUUUUCAUACCAGGUAGAGAUUUUAAAUUUAUACAUCAAUUUCCAAUUUUCCAGAUUACUGUCGAACGAAUUAUCAAAUAGAACCGCAAAAAAUAACGUGAAGCCUGAAGAUGAGAUGCGAUCUCGUCUUCGUCGGCAUCACACUACUGGCCAUGAAUUCCUGAGUACUAGACCAAUAAGUGCACAAUCAAAUGAUAAACAGGGAAGUGGUUUCACGCAUCCCGUCAAUAAUAAGAUGAAAUUUAAAUUUUUUCAAUAUGAGGAAGACUGGCAUAUUCACUCUGCAGCAAAAUUGACGUUCAUCUAUUAUGUAGCCAAUACUAGAAGAAAUGGCCGUGGAGCGUUGUCAAUUCAAAGCUUUUACAAUAUAACGCUAGACUUCAUAGAUUAUAAACAAGAUUUCGAUCAUUGGAGAGGAGUAGCUCAAAAGACAAAAAUGAAUCAACUGAUUGAAGAGUGGGGAAAUUCGACGACAAAAAAAUGUUUUUCAUUCUGUAAGUAUCCAUUUAUAUUGUCACUCGGCAUCAAAAUCUCUAUUAUGGAGUAUGAAAUUCGCAGAAUCAUGGAACAUGAAGCUGAACAGGCUUUUUUAAUUUCACUGGAUAAAGGCAAAUCCGUAGACGUUUAUUUCAAAAUCAAAGUACGGCGUGACGUUAUUUCUCAUGAUUCAUUGAGAUGUAUCAAGGAACAUCAAGGCGAUUUAUUAAAAUCGCUGAGAAUAGAGUUUGUUAAUGAACCUGGAAUUGAUGCGGGAGGGUUGAGAAAAGAAUGGUUUUUCUUAUUAACAAAAUCGCUGUUUAAUCCGAUGAAUGGCUUAUUUAUUUACAUAAAAGAAAGCUCACGUUCAUGGUUUGCCAUUGACCCUCCAAAUUUUGACAAAUCAAAAGGAAAAAACUCACAACUGGAAUUAUAUUACUUGUUUGGAGUUGUCAUGGGGUUGGCGAUUUUCAACAGUACCAUAUUAGAUUUACAAUUUCCAAAGGCGCUUUAUAAAAAACUAUGCUCAGAGCCUCUGAGUUUUGAAGAUUACUCGGAAUUGUUUCCGGAGACAAGUAGGAACUUAAUAAAAAUGCUCAAUUACACAGAGGAUAAUUUCGAAGACGUCUUUUCUUUAACAUUUGAGACUACGUAUCGAAAUAACAACUGGAUUUUAAAUGACAGUAAAUCGAGCAAAGAGUAUGUAACGGUAGAAUUAUGUGAAAAUGGCAGAAAUGUGCCAAUAACCCAAAGUAACAAGCAUGAGUUUGUCAUGAAAUGGGUAGAAUUUUAUCUGGAAAAGUCCAUUGAGCCACAAUACAAUAAAUUUGUUUCAGGUUUUAAAAGGGUCUUCGCAGAAUGCAAUUCUAUAAAAUUAUUUAAUUCUGAAGAGCUGGAGAGAUUAGUGUGUGGUGAUGAGGAACAAACUAAAUUUGAUUUCAAAUCGUUAAGAUCCGUGACAAAGUAUGUAGGUGGCUUCUCCGAUGAUUCCAGAGCGGUUUGCUGGUUUUGGGAAAUUAUUGAAAGUUGGGACUAUCCAUUGCAGAAGAAAUUAUUACAAUUCGUAACGGCAUCUGAUCGUAUACCUGCAACGGGUAUCUCUACUAUCCCAUUCAAAAUUAGCUUGCUAGGGUCGCAUGAUAGUGAUGAUUUGCCAUUGGCUCAUACAUGUUUUAAUGAAAUAUGUUUAUGGAAUUAUUCCUCGAAAAAAAAACUAGAACUGAAAUUACUUUGGGCAAUUAAUGAAUCUGAAGGUUACGGGUUCCGCUAA